AUGUCAAAUGAACUUUCUAGUAAGAAGUCAUUUGCCGCUGGUGGAGUAGCAGGACUCACUUCUUCCAUAAUAUUACAACCAUUUGAUUUAUUAAAGACCAGGUUACAACAACAGAAGCAACAUAAUUUACAUUAUAAUACUACAUUACUUAAAGAGAUAAAUAAGUUGAAAAAUAUAAAAGAAUUAUGGAGAGGUGUGCUUCCAUCAUGCCUUAGAACUUCAAUUGGAUCGGGGAUUUACUUGACAUUGUUAUCAAAAUCAAGAUUCUAUUUAUACAAUUUCAAAAAGAAUAAUCCAACUUUAGUAAGCAAGUCGACGUCAAUAUUACCCAAAUUGUCACAUCUCGAAAACUUAUCAAUUGGUUUUGUCAUCAGAGGUGUAGCAGGUUAUUUGACUAUGCCUAUAACAAUUAUAAAGACUAGAUUCGAAUCCAAUUUGUAUAAUUAUAAUUCCAUGUAUGAAGGAAUUGAAGGAAUUUAUUUUGAUAAUAAAGUCAGAGGGUCAUGGAAGAACUUUUUUAAAGGUAGUUUUGUAACAUUAUCAAGAGAUUGUCCAUAUGCCGGAUUAUAUAUAUUAUUUUAUGAAAGUUUCAAGACAGAUAUUGCCAAAUUGUUCAGCGACAUGGAUCGAAAUGCCAGUAUAGUUAAUUCAUCAUCUGCCAUUUUAGCAGCAUCUAUGGCCACCACCAUAACAGCUCCUUUUGAUGCUAUUAAAACCAGAAUGCAAUUAUCUCCAGCUAACCCAACAUUCUCGCAAGUAACAAAAACUUUAUUGAAUGAACAAGGUGGUGUAAAGAAUUUAUUUAGAGGUUUGAGUUUAAGAUUGGGCAGAAAAGGUAUGAGUGCUGGUAUAAGUUGGUGUAUUUAUGAAGAAUUAUUGAAAAGAUUGUAG